GACCUGUAACGAGAUCAAUAAAUUAAGAGUUCCUUAUCGACUAGUACUCGUUGUGAAAUGAUACAGACAUGCGGUGUUUAUUGUUGCUUUUGUUUUUGGUAUACGAUCAAAGCAACGGAAAAUUGUAUAUAGGUGGUAACCGUUUGUGUCAAAAAUGGAGCUGUUUUAAUGAGAAACUUAAUCUGACUAUUUUACCAUCAAAAGAGCAGUACGGUGUUUUCUUAAGAAGUAAUCUACCUGAAGACUGGCAGAAUGUAGUCGAUAUUGCAUUGGAUGCUUGUUAUGAAAAUACACCUAGGACAUACAGUAAAGCUUGCCCUGGACAAGCGUUAAUACACUGCAUUGUAGAUCAAUUAAAUAAGAAUUGUCCUGCUGAAUACUGGAAAAAGGAAGAUGCCUGCGCCACACUUCAAUCACUUGCCGUAUCUGACGCUACUUACCUGUUUUCACAGAGCCGGUAUAAUGAUUUUGAAAAGAAUUUACUUGUUGAAAGAAGACCUGAGAUGUUUAUGAGAAAUUACUUCAACAACAAAUGCUGCGAUUUGCCCUCGAUGUUCAACAGUACAUUAAAGGAAUGCGGUUUUAAGAAUCUAAUCCACUAUCAUGUAUUUAUGACACAGAAAAAAUACGAUCCCUUAUCUCAUACAACAGAAAAGGCAACGCUGGCAACAACUUAUUCUGAAAAUAAACCAAACAUAGACAAUUUUAUUUUUAAUGAAUACGAGGAGCCGAUCGAUCCCUUAGACUGCUGUGAUAUGAAUGGUUUUAUACGAAACGAAUGGCGAUCCGAAUGUGAUUUUAAAUUGAAAUGGGAUGACGACAACAGAUUAACUAUUGUUAAUAACAGUGAAUAUAUGACUACAACUGAGACACAGAGAUCUCUUAAAAAUAGGGACGUUCAAAUCGUACCUAUAUCCUGCGAACAACAAAACUGCGUGUUCAGAAAGCUAAAUAUUAUAUCCGAAGGAGUUGUAGAUAAGGAUGCAUUUUCGAAGUUACUGGAUAACAUGACAAAAAUACAUCCGGAAUGGAGCAAGUCCAAAGCGAGGGUUGUCACUCAAUGCUUGAACAAACCGAUAAUUGGAUAUGAUGCCGAUUGCGAAAUCAACAAAAUAUUGGCGUGUACUUUUGAUAUACUCACUGAGAAUUGUCCCGUUGUAAAUAGUAACGAUUCUUGCAAACAUUCCACUUCAGUGAACGAAGGAGUGAUUUGCCAAAUAAGCUCUUCAAAAUAUAGACCAAGACAUCGUCGUCAAUUCUGCGACGUACCCAAUUUCAUACCUUCAAAAAUUAGUUCUGAAUGUGGAGUUAACAUGAUCUACAAACUAGAUUACGUCCCAGAACCAGCUGCUAAGAGUAAAACUUGGAGCGAGGUUGUGAAUUGUAAACAUUCCACAAAAUCAUCGACGUGUCUUCUCAAGAAGAUGGAUGUUCUAAAUAAAUACGGUUUUAUUGAUCGUUUUAAGAUGAGAAACAGCAUCAGAUUGUAUUCAGAAGAUUUUCCUCCCCUAUAUGAAGAUAUGUACAAAAAUGUUUUUGAUACAGCACCGUUAUACAGGGACCAUUGUAGCACUUCUAAAAAACUUCUAAAUUUAAUCGAUUCUAUGUUUACGAGUUGUCCAUUUUUAAAAUUUAAAAAAGACGAAAAGUGUACAGGUCUCAUGAAAAAAAUAAGAAGAUUGUCGGAUUUGGAUACAUUUAAACGAAGACUUUCCACGUCAGAAGACUAUUCGAAAAAAAAUCGAAUAACUCUAAUGAAGAGAACUCCUUUGUAUGAUUUUGGAAUUUUUGCUGGUGGAAACGUUCCUCCGGUAAAAGUGAUAGAUGUGAAACCAACAGAGAAAAUUUUAGUUAUUCAACCAGUGUACGCUCGAAUGACUGAAGGUCCAGUUUUUAUAAAUUCCCUUCACAAUGAUGGCGUUUUCAGAUCGUGAUCUACAAAAAUAUCGCUAUCUUUUUCUAACGUAUACAUUUUAUGAGAUAAAGAUAAAUGACUACUUUAAAUUGACUAGAGAUUUGAUUAUGCGAUAAACACGAUGUUUUUAGACAAUAACCUGAAAAGUAUAGGUUUUCUUAUGUAAUACUUAAAAAUAAUGUACAAUUAGAUUAAUAAGAUUGAAAGAGAUACGGAUGUCAAGAUUGUUUAAGUGAUUUAUAUUUUGUAGAAUAAAAUAUUAUAAAUACGAAA